AUGAAGGAAUGGGACAUACCAUACGACGAGCUGAAGUUAUCGGAGGUGAUCGGCAAAGGACGGUUCGGUAUAGUGUACCGCGGCAGUUGGCACGGCGCGGUGGCCGUCAAGUUGCUCUACGUGCAGUCGCUAGGAGAUGACUGCGUGCCGCUGGAUACCUUCAAACACGAGGGCAUGGGUUACUUGCACGCACGCGGCAUCAUUCACAAGGAUUUGAAGACGAAGAAUAUAUUCCUUGAAAACGGGAAGGUUGUCAUCACAGACUUCGGCCUCUUCAGCGUCACAAAACUAUGCUUUGGCAACAAUGCUCGCGGCGACAGCCUGGGCAUCCCAGCGGGGUGGCUGUGCUACCUGGCGCCCGAACUGGUGCGGGCGCUCCGCCCCCACGCCUCCCUUCAUCUGCCCUUCUCCAAGGCCACCGAUGUCUACGCCUUCGGGACGGUGUGGUAUGAGUUGUUGUGCGGCGAGUUCCCAUUCAAAGGUCAACCACCCGAGGCCAUCAUAUGGCAGGUGGGCCGCGGCGUCAAACAGUCCCUCGCCAACAUGCAGGCCUCCAGAGAUAUUAAGGAUAUAUUGAUGCUGUGUUGGGCGUAUCGAUCCAGUGAACGCCCAGAAUUCCCCCGCCUACUGAGCACAUUACAGAAACUACCGCGAAAGAGACUAGCGCGCUCUCCCUCCCACCCGGUGCAUCUGUCUCGGUCUGCUGACUCAGUGUUCUGAGGGCGGUUUGGCCUCGCGUUCUCCGCACACCUGCGGGCAACUAGCGCCCUCUCCCUCGCACCGCAUACACUCGUUGCACUCUUACACAGCACCUUGCAGAAUCUUUAAAAGCGCUGAGUAAGUUGUGAACGUGAAAAGUUAUCA